AUGCUAUUGAAAAUUAACCUGCAUCUCCUUCAUAAUGCAAAUGAAUUAGAUGCAGCUGAACAAGAAGAAUUUGCUAAUUGGCUACUUAAAGUUGAAGAAGGGCAUAUUCCUACUUAUGCAAUAUUUGCUCCAAAAAAAGAACAUGUUAAUGCUAUUAAUGCUACUAUUAUAACUCAAUUUUCUGAUGAAGCUGUUGAAUAUCUUAGUGCAGACAUAAUUAAAAAUCAAACAGAAUCUAAUCAUCAAUAUUCAAUAGAGUUCCUUAAUUCUCUUAUCAUUGGAG